AGAAGAGUUGACUGUCAAUAAAUGUAUUUUUGUUUCAAGAUGAGCGCAAACUAACUUUCACUCUGUUGAAACAUCUGUACUUGAGAAACUGUGGAAGAGUAUUUAAACAUUUGUUUCCCAUGUAGUCCGCUUCUUACUCACGGCAAUUACGAUUAAACGUUUCAAAACAGAAACAUUUGGUAUUGUACCGUGGUCAAUCAUCAUUGAUGAAGCUAAACAGGGGUCUGAGUCGAUCGUCGAUAGAAUCGUUCACACAGUACAGCGAGUUGUGACAGUGCUGAACUCGAGAACUGUCAUCUGAAAAGGAGUGUGCUUCUGAGUGCUCGCUCUUUUCGGAUAGUAUCAACAAGACAGAGAUACCCGGAAGGCACGAAAGUUAAUUUAGGUGACUAGAAUGAAUCGUUUCAAGACCUCCAAAUUCAAAAACACCACCCCGAAGAUCGGCAAGAAAGAUGGCUGGAUCAGUAAUGUCCGGGCAGGAUCCUUCACCGCUCAGGGGAACCACAUCAAAUCCAGCAUCAGGCUUGUGGCCUUCAACACUGACCAGGCCGGUGGAGGAAUGCUUGGCCUCACCUCUGUGGAACCAGGGUCUGAUGGCAGGUGGACAGUGACUGUGAUCCCAUGUCAUGCUGAUCUGAUAACUGAUUUGGACUUCUCUCCGUUUGAUGAUAAUCUCCUGGCUACCUGUUCUGCAGAUGAAACGGUGAAGCUGUGGCGUGUGUGUGAACCAGAACAGGAUCAGCCUGGGGGGGCGGAGGUGACCCUGUGUCCCGGAGAGGGGCGUCUGGAGCUGGUCGCCUUCCACCCCACCUCCUCUGGCCUGCUGGCUGUGGGCUCCACCAAGACAGUCCUGCUCUGGGACACCAGCCGCCAACAAUCAGCGUUAGCAGCUCUGGAGCCGCACGGUGAUCAGCUGCAGAGUCUUAGCUGGAAACAGGACGGCUCCCUGCUGGCUUCCUCCUGCAAGGACAAAAAGCUGCGAGUCUUUGACCCAAGAGCCCAGCUGACACCUGUUCAGAGUGCCCAGGGACUUCAGAGUAACAAGGACUCUCGAAUCCUUUGGGUCAAGGACUCUGACCACAUACUGACCACUGGCUUCGAUCAGAUGCGGGGUCGGGAGGUGAGACUGUGGGACAGCAGGAAGUUGGGAUCCUCUCUGGGCUCUGCCAACCUGGGCACCUCCAAUGGGUGAGUACACAUUGACCAUGCUGUUAGUCUGUCUGUAUGUGUUAGGAGUGUGUGUGUG